CAAUUAAAUUAGAAUGGAAGACUGGCUGCUAACUAAUACAGUCCAACUUGACAUAAACAAGAUUUAGUUGCUACCACUAACAAAACAUAAACAAGAAGCAGUUACAAAAGACAUUUACCUCUAAGGACCAAGUAAAAGAGGCUGCAUAUUUGAUGAUGUUAGUGACUAUGAAGUUGAUUAUUCUGCAGUUAAGACGUACACAGCAAGUAUAAGUUCCCUCUUUCGUUGACUUCUGAAGUAUUUGUCCUUUUAAUGAACAUUUUUUAUAAUCCGCAUUGUGUGCCUAUUUAUAUCCCAUUGGAUGCCAAGUAAAGAAGAUCACAGCAAACAAGCAUCAAGAAAGCUAUGCUACAGUAUACCACUAUGAGAACAUCCCACACAGCAUUUCUUGUCCUCAUCAUCCUCCCGUACCUUGGCACCGGCGGUGCCCAGAGCAAGUUCACCUCCAUCAUCAGCUUCGGUGACUCCUACACGGACACAGGUAACCUUGUCAGGUGGGCUGACCCUGUCCUUCCACCACAUCCUAUCAACAAUCUCCCCAAUGGUGAGACCUUCUUCGGCCACCCCACUGGACGGGCCAGCAACGGCCGUAUUGUGCUGGACUUCAUCGCGGAUGCUUUGGGUCUGCCAUUUGUGCCGCCGUAUCUGGCCGACAGGAAGGCCAACUUCUCUGGUGGAGUAGACUUCGCCGUGGUGGGAGCUCCGGCUCUGAACCUGACAUACCUGCAGGGGCAGAACAUGACGGUGAAUCCCCCGAUCAACAGCUCCCUUGAUGACCAGCUCGUGUGGUUCGAGAAACUAAAGCCUUCGCUCUGCAAUGGACAAGGUGCUAAUUGUUUCGGGAGCACUCUGUUUGUAAUGGGAGCGCUUGGAACAAAUGACCACUUCAGCUUCCUAAGCUCGAACAGGACCGUUGAACAAGCUAGGGCUUAUGUUCCUACAAUUGUGGACAGCAUUUCCAGGGGUGUGGAGAGACUGAUCCAGCACGGCGCCAAGUACAUCGUUGUAGCGGACAUGGUCCCAUUCGGCUGCUUGCCAAUAGUGCUCACUCUGUUCGCGAGCAGAGAUAAGGCAGACUACGACCGAUACGGAUGCCUCAAGCUGGCUAAGGUGCCGCAAUACCAAAACUCCCUCCUCCGCCAACGGAUCAUGGUGCUCCAGAACAAAUACCCGCAUACAACGAUCAUCUCCGCCGAGUACUACCGUCCCAUCAUUUCAUUUCUACAUCAGCCGGGACAUUUUGGAUUCAACAGCAGCACGACCCUCCUCACCUGUUGUGGAGCAGGAGGCCCUCCAUACAACUUCGACUCCAGCACAUUCUGCGGCCUGCCGGAUGUAACAGCGUGCGCACGUCCAUCGGAGGCGCUUCAGUGGGACGGUGUCCACCUCACGGAGGCCGCCUACAGGCUCAUCGCCGACGGGUGGCUCCACGGACCAUACGCAGAUCCUCCUCUACUGCAUGUCGCACGCUAGUUUCACCAGGAUGUAGACUUGAACUGGGUGCAGGGCACCUGUAAAAUUGUGUCCCUAUAUGUGCUGUCUUGAUGCAGGCGUGCGUUUACUGUAAUUUGGAUAGAUGCAAGAAUGUUCCUCCUCCUUUUGGAACAAUAUAUCUCUAGCUUCACUUAUACCAACCGUUUAUCUCUCACAUGGAAA